AUGGCAUGCAGAGGGUCAAAAGUUUUUUACGAUGCUGUAUCUAAGGUUUCUGAGAUCUAUGGUUGCCAUCAUUAUUCCGAUCUUUCAAAAUUGACUUUUCAUUCCAUUCUUAUUCAAUAAAUCAUCCAAUAAAAUACUAAAUUAUCCGUGAGUAAUUCUUUUCUACAGCAUUAGUUCAAUCUGGCUCAGAACAAUGAAAUGGGCGAAUCGAAUACCAUCAUCGGAAAGCCCGUGGACGUUGGCUCGGGAAGAUGUAUGAGUAUUCAGGCUAUGCAAGCGCUGUUCGAGCUAAAGGAAAAUAAUCAACUUUGUGACGCAACCAUAGUAUUAGAUGAUGGAGCCGAAAUUCCAGUUCAUAGAGCAAUUCUUUGCGCUUGUAGUUCUUAUUUCAGGGCCUUAUUUACCACGACUCUCCACAAUAGAGAAAAACACCGAGUGCAUUUACCAGGAGUUACAUCCGAGAUGUUACAAAAACUCCUUGUCUAUAUAUACUUAAGAAAAUUAGACAUUAACCACGACAACGUAUACUCUUUGCUGAUAACGGCGGAUUAUUUGAGCAUUUUGGGAGUUCUGGACCUUUGCUGUAAGUUUUUGGAAACCAACUUAACUCCCAAAAAUUGCAUAGGGAUUUUGAACUUCGCCAGAAAUCACUUUUGUCGCGAACUGGCGGCAAACACCUGGAAAUUCAUCAUGAGGAACUUUUCCCAAAUUGCCUACGAAAGUGACGAAAUUCUCACACUGUCCCUAGCCGAGAUCCAAGAAAUAAUCAAUGCGGACGACCUUAACGUUAAGAGUGAAGAAACAGUUUGGGAGUUGAUUCUAAGAUGGAUCGAUAAUGAUACGGAGGCUAGGAAGAAACACAUAGUGUCCUUAAUGAAAUGCAUUAGAUUAGGACUAUUGGACACGCAGUUCUUUUUGGAACGAGUGAAAGAGCAUCCUUAUGUAUCUAGUUCUGAAGAAAGUCGACCGAUGAUUAUCGAAACUUUGAAGUUUCUGUACGAUUUGGAAAUGAUCACUCACAGAGAUGGAGAAGUUGUGACCCCCGAAAUAGCCCGUCCCAGAGUGCCGCACGAGAUCCUCUUUGCGAUCGGAGGUUGGAGCGGAGGUUCUCCCACCAACUUUAUCGAGACCUACGAUACAAGAGCUGACCGAUGGGUCAAGGUGGAGGAAGUGGAUCCGACGGGGCCGAGGGCCUACCACGGUACGGCCGUGGUCGGAUUAAAUAUAUACGUAAUCGGAGGAUUCGAUGGAAUGGACUACUUCAAUUCGUGCAGGUGUUUCGACGCGGUGAGCAAGACUUGGAAAGAAAUUGCCCCGAUGCACGCCAGAAGGUGUUACGUCAGUACUGCUGUGGUGGACGAUUUGAUCUACGCCAUGGGCGGUUACGAUGGACAUCACAGACAAAACACGGCUGAGAAGUACGAUCACAAAACGAAUCAAUGGUCUUUGAUUGCUCCAAUGAACAUGCAACGAUCCGAUGCUAGUGCUUGUAAUUUAAAUGGUAAAAUAUACAUAACCGGCGGAUUCAAUGGCCAAGAAUGUAUGCAUUCAGCAGAAGUGUAUGAUCCUGUAAUAAACCAAUGGUCUCUGAUCAGUCCUAUGAGAUCCAGACGAUCUGGAGUAUCUUGUAUAGCCUACCACGGUCAAGUGUAUGUGAUUGGCGGUUUCAAUGGCAUAUCUAGAAUGUGUAGCGGUGAGAAAUUCAAUCCGCAGACGAAUACGUGGGCACCCAUACCCGAUAUGUACAAUCCAAGAAGUAAUUUUGCCAUUGAAGUUAUCGAUGAUAUGAUAUUUGCAAUUGGCGGAUUCAAUGGUGUCACUACAAUAUACCAUGUCGAAUGCUACGAUGAAAAAACAAACGAAUGGUAUGAAGCAACAGAUAUGAACAUCUAUCGGUCUGCCCUAUCAGCAUGUGUUAUUGACGGUUUGCCCAAUGUACAAGAUUAUAUUCACAAACACAGAGACAGACUCAUGGAGGAAAAACGCCAAAAAAUGAUAGCCUUAGAAAAUCAAAGAAAUUUAGGCGGCAUAGCAAACAACAACAACAACAACAACAAUGUCAACCAUCAAGAAAACAUAGCGGCAGCUGUCAACGCUAACAUGCAACAAUUAAACAUUUUACAACAACUGAACGCCAACUUGAACCCGGCUCUGCCUCCUGCUCCGGUACCCAACCCCAAUCCUGACCCAAUGGACGUGGACGAAAAUGACGUAGAACAAGCGUAAAAAAAACGUGGAUGGU